UCUCACGUGCCAGAAAUGCUGUAAUCAGACAAAAUGUCAUUUAUUUCACAAAGUAGUCGUCUCACUUCCAGCUCAGUCAUGAGAAAACAAUAGGCCAUAUACUUAUAUGAUGCAGUUUCCAAAUAUCAGCCGUGACAAAGGGGGCCGAGCUUUGCAAUCAUUGUUAGACAUCCACAGGAUGUCCUCAGGAAGAAGUCAGUUCUGAGUUGUACGCGAGCAUUCGGAGAUAGGGAGGUGCAGGACAGGGAGGCUUGCACCGCACCUCCUUUCUCUUGGAGUCCUCAAGAGUCUCCCUGGAAUGUGCUGCCUUCCUAACCCAGUAUGCCAUGACCUCUCAGAAUUUAUUCAGCUGGAGAUUUAUAAUUACACAUCCACCUGGAACAAGGAUUAAGUUGACCUUCAUUAAGAGAAAAUGGAAAAGCAAACGUUAGGAAACACCCUGGAACUUGGAGCUACUUAUUCACUUUGCUGCAGACUUGGUGUUAGCUGAAAAGCGCCAGGUGGAGGAGGGCAAAGAAAGCUCUGCGCUCACGUUCGCGAAGAUUCUCAGGCUUUGAUGGCUCUUUGAAAUUUCUGGAUACCGUUCUGCCCAAAGCUGCUCAAAGCAAAGAUUGCCUUCUCUGACCACAAUCAGCAUGGAUGAUGGUACUGAGGAUUUUAUCACUUUUAAACAAAGGAGGAAAAGUCUGGGAUUGUUUCUGAAUAGCCGUUGAAUCCUCCACUUUGAUGAUCUUUGAAGCUUUUUCAGGAGGACAUUUGAAAGGGCAUUAACUUCAAGGAAGUGAACCCUGAAAACAAACAAGCUGUAUUCGGCGAGAUACACAACUCCAUUGACAUUUUGGCAUUCACAUUCGGCAAUGUAGUUUCUGACUUCCUUAUGGGAGAUGUGGACAACAGCUCAGGGUUGGGGAACCCCCAGGCCAGGAGAAGCAGGUCCUUUGACAACCUCUCUGUGGAUCCUGACGGCUAUGUUCCGGAGAGAAGGAAUCUUGUGGGUCCAGAGGUGCCACUGUCAACAGAGGAAGAAGUGGACUUGACCCUGCUGAAGAAUGACAGCGGAGUAGAGUCUGCUCUACUUUAUGCAAAGGCCUGGUCCAAGUAUAUCAAAGACCUUCUGGGAUGGAUGGAAAAGCGAGUGACUAUGGACAUUGAAUAUUCUAAAAGCUAUGCCAAACUGGCAGAGUCUGCAAAGACCCAGGCCAGUCAACAGGACUACAUGCCAUUUAGUGAUGUCUACAUUUCCGCAUUCAAGAAGGACAUCGAAUACAACCAGCUCCUUAUUCAAACUGCAGUGGCUCUUCAAACCAAUAAAUUCAUACAGCCUCUUCUGGCUCGCAAGAAUGAACUUGACAAACUGAGGAAAGACCUGAAGGAGCAGUGGCAAAGAGAGCAAAAGAAAAUGCAAGAGGCUGACUCAACCCUUCGUAAGGCAAGAGCGCUGAACACGCAGAGGAGAGAGGAGUACCAGAAAGCCCACUCGUCUAAAAGCCGCUCCCAGGAGGAGCAGCCGAACACUGGCAACAAACAGCUGGAGAAGAAGAGGAAACUCCAGGAGGAAGCUCUGCAGAAGGUGGAAGAGGCCAAAGACCAGUACCAGAACUGUUUGGCUGAUGCUGGUGUCAGAAAAAUGGAUUUGGCCAACGCUAAGAGAACAAUCCUGUCACAGAUCCGAGAGAUGGUCUUCCAGUGCGACCUCACACUCAAAGCGGUGACAGUAAACUGGUUUCAGAUGCAGCAAGCACAAUCUGUGGCGCUCCCUGCCCACUUCCAGGCCCUGAGUGAGAGUGCCAAGCUGUAUGAACCAGGAGGGUGCUACGCCGAGUUUGUUCAGAACCUGCCCAAAAACCUGCCCAAAGAGCACCUUCAGUCAGACUCAGUUUCUGACAUUUCCAGGUUUGCAUUCAGCAAAAGAUCACAGGGCAGCACUCACUCCUCUCAUGGCAACCUGUCUCAGGAAUCCGUCACUUCCUGUGACGCCUUGGUGGGGGAUGAAAUGGACCGGCCUGCACAGAUCAGUAAAAGUAACAGCAGCACUGACAUACGAGCACUGAGGAGCCAGGCCCCGCUGAGAGCCUGGGCCUCCAGCAGUCAGGGCAGCCAGGGCGGGAUGUGCAGCGAUUCAGAAAGCGCUGGAGGCAGCAGUGAGUCCAGGUCCAUGGAUUCUCCCACAGCCAGCCCAGGUGACUUCAAACGCCGGCUGCCCAGAACUCCUUCCACUGGUACCAUGUCUUCAGCUGACGACCUGGACGAGAGGGAACCGUUCACCCCAUUAGAUAAUGGUCUGGCAGAGAUGGUGAUAGAGACGGCGAGUUCUCCCGGACCGUUUCGAAAUGCUCAAAUGUCAAAAGCGGCUCAGACACACAAGUUAAGAAAACUGCGAGCUCCUUCUAAGUGCAGAGAGUGCGACAGUCUGGUUGUUUUCCACGGGGCUGAAUGUGAAGAGUGCUCGUUAGCCUGUCAUAAAAAGUGUCUGGAGACGCUCGCCAUACAGUGUGGUCACAAAAAGCUACAAGGCCGACUGCAGCUGUUUGGGAUUGACUUUGCUCAAGCAUCAAAGAACAGCUCAGAUGGAAUCCCUUUUAUAAUCAAGAAAUGCACAUCUGAAAUAGAAAGUCGAGCCCUCAAUAUCAAGGGGAUUUACCGUGUGAAUGGUGCCAAGUCGCGUGUGGAAAAGCUCUGUCAGGCGUUUGAAAAUGGAAAGGACUUGGUUGAACUGUCUGAACUCUCACCCCAUGACAUCAGCAAUGUUCUCAAACUCUACCUGCGACAGUUACCUGAGCCGCUGUUCCUCUAUCGGUUCUACAACAACUUUAUUGGCUUGGCUAAAGAGUGCCAGCGGGUGAUAGUGGCGGAGGCCGAUAAAUGUCCGGGCAGCCAGAUUAAAGACAAGUUUGGUCCGAGCCCCCAGAUGAACGCCGUCAUUUUCAAGGUCAGAGACCUCCUCCGCCAGCUGCCCGUAGCCAACUACAGGACUCUGCGGCACCUUCUCGCACAUCUGAACAAAGUUACUGAACAGGCCGAGGAGAACAAAAUGACAGCCAGUAACCUGGGCAUCAUCUUUGGCCCGACGCUGGUGAAGCCCCGGCAGAUAGACGCCGACGUGUCCCUGUCCUCCCUGGUGGAUUAUCCUUUCCAGGCGCUGAUGGUGGAGCUGCUGGUGCGUCACUUUCGCACCAUCUUCGACGAAUCUCCCCAGGCUGGUUCUGGAAUCCCCACCAGUGGCCAAGCAUCCCCCAGACUGACCCUGCAGGAGAAAGUGCGGCAGCUCAGCCGCCACUCCAUGUCCCUGAUGGACAUCAAAGAGAGUUCCAAAGUGUACAAAAGAUACUCCUCUGUGAUCCCGUCGUCACACAUUCUGGACGAGGUUCAGGAGGUCCAGCCUGGAAGAAACAAAGUUCCGGUCUCAUCCUCUGAGAAACCCAACGGGGUGCAGGCUUCAGGUGGAGCAGAAGCUCAGAGGUCGGCGUCGAACUCCUCUGCUAACACCGCGGCGCCGAAGGUUCAGCUGCGCAUCCAGCGCACCCGACAGCUGUCCCGACCCAUCAGCAUGCCUGUGGAUCGCCUGGCCACGUCUGCGCAGGUCAGCGAGAGGAACAGCCGAAACGCUUUGGACAGCGUCGACGGAAGCUGUCCUCAGCGGGACACUGAAACUAUCCUGGAGAUGCCCGAGCCGGAGAAGACUCGUCCAAGCAGCUCGUCCAGAGUCAGCACCUAUUUCAUCACUCCUUUUAUCGACACACAGACAAUGCAGAGGAAGACGUGGGACAAGAAAUACAAGCACUAUCAGGUGACGCCCAGGACUGCUAUGAUAGUCGCCAAUCUGCCCCCCUCUGGCGCUGGACUGCAGCCCGUAAAGGCAACCGUGCCCGUCACCGUCACCCCGACUACAACCACUGCUGCUGUUGUCUCCACCACGAGCAGCGUGAGCACCGUUUUCUCCACUAACGUCAGCGCAGCGUCAGUCAAACCUGUCAGGACUUUCAUAAAAGAAAAGAGCACAGACGACUCAGUGUGUUUGUCGAACAGUUCACCAAAGCUUCCACUAACACUCAGGGCACCACGGACUCUUCAGCCCCCGCCUGGAACUUUCUACAAACCCCCCGUUUCUAACAGCAGCAAAGCUUGGACACUGCCCACCUGGACUCCCACUACAGUCUCCCCCUCACUCAGUCCCCUGUCAGUGCCCUCCUCCCCUGCCCUCACACAGUCCCGCCACCAGACACAGGACUCUACAGACAGCGCCAUCGACCCCGGGGUCUCCGCCUCCCCUACCGUUUCACCCCCUCAGUCUCCUCCCCCGAGCAGCCCCGACGACCUCAGCCCCAGCGAGACUAAACCCAGACUGCGACCCCAUCGUCUGGAGGAGCACGAACAGAGAGAAGCUCAUUUUGUCUGACAACAACAACAACAAAAAAAAAACCAAAUCUGUAAAUAUGAAUUUCACUUUAUAAAAAUGUUUAUCAACAAAGACUGGGAGAAAAUGUGGGCAUGUGAACAAAAACCACAAAAGUGUUCGAAGACCAUCUGUUUUACAAGUUCCAGCUACAACAGGAGUUGGUCAGUGUAUUUUUUAAAUCCUACUGCCAACAUAACUGUUUACUGGUCUGUUUAAAAACUGUUACAUAAGUGCUGUUUUUAUAUGACACAAUAACAAUAUGGAUUCCUGUCAGCAAACAGAAGCCAUGUUCAGUGUUUGAUUUGUUACUGAAUACGUUACACCAUGCACUUGCAAGUUGGAGUUCUGUCCCCUUUAAAUUUUAAUUCGUAAAGGCCAACGUUGAAGUAUUCCUAAUGCAGUGUUCUCAAUUAUAAAUGUUUAUUUUUUAAGCCUGUUGAUCUUUUCUCAAUAUGUAAGGCUGAAAGCACAUAUCUGUUUAUAUAUUCCUACAUAUUCCCUGUUUGUCACAAUACGUUUGGCUCAUCUCAUAGCUGUGAAUAUAAAGAAGAGAAAUGACAUGCAACAGUCCUUUGCUGCAAAUUAAAAUUUAUAUAUAUUUUAAAGA